CACCUGCAGGAGUGCGGAGCGCCUCCUUUCAGACGGCUUAAAGUAACACCCAAGUGGCUCAAACUUGUUUCUCCUCUUGAUCGCGCUCCACGGAGGUCGGACCAAUUUUCAUCUCCUUCUCGGCCAGAAGCCGGCAAUAAGACACAAAAUGCCUAAAGCGGUCAACAUUAACGUCAAUGCCUUGGACUCAGAGUUGGAGUUUGCUGUCUUGCCAAGUGCUUAUGGCAAAGUUGUGUUUGACCAGGUGGUGAAAACAAUUGGUUUGCGUGAGCUGUGGUACUUUGGACUCCAGUAUAUAGAUGGGAAAGACUAUUUAACUUGGCUCAAACUGGACAAAAAGGUGUUACAACAGGAUGUGAAGAAGGAAAACCCGCUGCAUUUUAAGUUUCGGGCCAAGUACUUUCCCGAGGAAGUGAAUGAGGAGCUGAUCCAGGAGAUCACGCAGAAGCUCUUCUUCAUGCAGGUGAAAGAGGGCAUCCUGAGCGACCAGGUUUACUGUCCGCCCGAAACCGCAGUGCUGCUGGCGUCCUACUCUGUUCAAGCCAAAUAUGGCGACUACGACAAAGAAACCCACCGACCGGGAUACCUCCUCUCUGAUCGCCUGCUGCCCCGCAGAGUCUUGGAGCAGCACAAGUUAUCACAAGAAGAGUGGGAGGAGAGGAUUCAGGUGUGGCAUGAGGAGCACUGCGGGAUGCUGAAGGAGGACGCCAUGAUGGAGUACCUGAAGAUCGCCCAGGAUCUGGAAAUGUAUGGCGUCAAUUACUUUGACAUCAAGAACAAGAAGGGAACGCUGCUUUGGCUUGGAGUGGAUGCUUUGGGACUUAACAUUUAUGAGAAGAAUGACAAACUUACCCCAAAAAUCGGCUUCCCCUGGAGUGAAAUUAAAAACAUUUCCUUCAAUGACAAAAAGUUCACCAUCAAGCCCAUCGACAAAAGAUCACCAGACUUUGUGUUCUAUUCCCCGAGACUGCGCUUAAACAAGCGUAUCCUCCAGCUCUGCAUGGGCAACCACGAGCUCUACAUGAACCGACGCAAGCCGGACUCCAUCGAGGUGCAGCAGAUGAAGACGCAAGCGAGCGAGGACAAGCUACGUCGACAGAAGGAGAAGGAUAAAGAGAAGAAGAAGAGGGAGGCCAUCGAGAAGGAGAAGGAGCUGAUGGAGCGCGAUAAGAAGGACAUUAUGAUGAGGCUCUACCAGUUUCAGGAGAAGACCAAGAAGGCAGAGAAAGAUCUGGAGGAGCAGACGCAGAGAGCCAUGAUGCUGGAGCAGGAGCGUAUCAUAGCAGAGGAGGAAGCUGCUCGCCUGGAGGUGGACCGUCAGGCUGCCCUGUUGGCUAAAGAAGCGCUGGCUCGCCAGUCAGAGAGCCAGAGGUUUAAUCAGGAACAGCUGGCUGCAGAGCUGAAAGAGCACACAACCAGGAUCAGUCUACUGGAGGAGGCAAGGAAACGCAAAGAGAAUGAAGCAAACACAUGGGAGAUCAGGGCCAAGGAGGCCCAGGAUGAUCUGAUCAAGACCAAGCAGGAGCUGAACAUGGUGAUGAUGACGCCUCCACCUGCCCUGCCGAUACGUAUGCCGAUGUAUAUGCCGAUGCAGAUGCCGAUGCAGAUGCCGAUGCAAAUGCCGAUGCAGACGCCGAUGCAGACGCCGAUGCAGACGCCGAUGCAGACGCCAAUGCAGACGCCGAUGCAGACGCCGAUGCAGUCGCUAAUGCAGACGCCGCUGCCACCGCCUCCACCUCCCGUCAUGUACGACAAUUUCGACGACAACAGCGACAGUGAGGAGAACAACAGCAUGCACAGCGCUGACCUCCCGAUGGACGACAUCCACGAUCAUCGCAGGGAGGAGGAUCGCAUGACGGAGGCCGAGAAGAACGAACGUGUGCAGAAACAGCUUAAGGCGCUGACCGCUGAGCUGGCCCACGCACGCGAUGACUCCAAAAACACCCAGAACGACAUCCUCCACUCGGAGAACGUGCGGGCCGGCCGAGACAAAUACAAAACCCUGCGGCAGAUCCGACAAGGCAACACCAAGCAGAGAAUUGACGAGUUUGAGGCCUUAUAAGGAAGGUGGCUCUGCCACUUGAAGAACCCUUUCUGAAUGGUCACUCGGCAUUUACGCUCAAACUUAGCCACAAUGGAUCGUCAUAAGCGCGUCAGAAACGUAGCCCCAAUCUAAUUUCUGAUCACAUUUGUGCCAUCGGUCAUAUUUUAAUCAGUGCAUGAGCCCUUUUCAAAUGUCGUUAUUGGCGUGGAAAGAAAAUGACUCACAGUGACCACUCAGAAAGUGCUGACAUUGUUUGUCUUUAUGUGUGUAGUCCUCUAUACACUAGAUGGCGCUACGCUAGUUUAAAUUCAUACCUAGUUUAAUAUUUAUAAAGUAUAUUGGACAUUAUAAAGGGUGUUUCAUCUAGGUUUGUAUAUUUUUGCUAACGAACAUCAAACAUUUAUAUUCAGAUUAAAAAUCAUGUCAAUGUCUUUACGGUCCCUGCUUUUAGUUUCAGAUCAGUAAAGAGAUUCUAUUGUAAAUUAUAGUUUUUUUAAAAAUGUGAUAUAUAUAGCGGCAUGCCAUUAAGUCAGUUGUUGUGUCUGUUUCUAUCGUUAACUUUGCCAUUCAGCUGAAAUGAGUGAUAGCUUUGUCUACAGAUCAACGUUGACUCUUUGUGUAUCUUCAAGUGUCAUGUGACACACUUAAGAUUUGCUUGUGUGUGCCUUUCUGAGCGGAUCCCCAUGCAGGCUGAAGCGACAAGACUUGUUUUAGCUCGAAAAAACCCCCAAAAAAACAUAAUAACGCAUAAAGCUGUUUUUGUUUAUGUGCGACCUCUGAGGUUGAGGUGAAUGUUGUGAAGUAUUUUAAUUCAGCAGUUUGGUCACUUCAGUUUCACAUUGACAGUCGCCAACAACAACUUUAACGGAAACAUCUUUGUAUUUGAACAGACAUAUUGCCAAUAAAAACUAAUAUGAUAAGCA